AAUAUGAUGUUUAACGUGACGACACGUUCUCAUUCUUUUAGCCACCGUCACGCAGCUCAGUGUUUAGUUUGUGUGAAAGUGUCGUCUCGGUGUUUAGUGUUUAUUUGUGUGUAGUUCACACUGGUUAGUGGUGACUUUCCUGUCAGGACCUUGUGUUUGUUCUCUCCCUCAGCGGGGGAACAAAGAGAGCAGAGAUGUAUAACGGGAUCGGAUUGACCACACCGCGUGGCAGCGGCACUAACGGCUACGUGCAGAGGAACCUGUCAUGCGUUCGGGCCAAGCGGAACCGAGACGAUCACGGGGGACCGAAGGACGAGAAGGACAGAGAGAGGCUGGAGAGUCAGCUGAACCGGCAACCCAAUGCUGAUAUCCUGGAACACCAGAGGAAGAGACAGCUGGAGGUCAAGUGUGCUGAACUGCAGGACAUGAUGGAAGAGCAAGGGUACUCCGCAGAGGAGAUCGAGGAGAAGGUGAGCAGUUUCCGUAUGAUGCUGCAGGAGAAACAGGAUCCUCCUCCACCUGCUGCUGAGAAACCAACCGUGACUGAGACACACGCUCUCGCCGCCGCCAACCAGCAGAAGAACGACCGGCUCAGGGAGGCGUUCGGCAUCGGCUCGGACUACGUGGAUGGCUCGUCCUUCCACCCUGAGCGUAGAGAGCGAGAGAGAGAGAAGAGGGAGCAGGAGAGGCUGGAGAGAGAGAGGCAGCAGCAGCAGAAAUAUCAGAUCAUCGAAGACUCAGAUGAGUCAGACUCCUCGUCUCCUCGAAAACAGAGCCGUAAGAAGAAAAGAAAGAAAGAAAAAAGCAGAGAGAGCUCUGAAAGUCCUUCUCCAUCACCUCGAAAAGAGAAGAAAAAAAACAAGACGAAGAAGAAGAAAAGGGAGCGCUCAGUGCAGAGUGACUAUGGCAGUUCGUCUGAGGACUGGCCAGAUACCAAGAAGAACAAAAGGAAGAGGAGCAGUGAAAACGAGACUCCGCCUCCUACGAAGAGCCGACGUCGCCGCAGCAGAUCCUCCAGCUCGGCUCACAGCAGGUCUCCAAUCGCGUUAAAGGAGAAACAGCACAAUCCACAAGCAGCUCGGGCGGAUGAGGGGAGGAAGGGCAGAUCUCCUGAGCGCAGGGGUCGCCCCAGGGACAGUCCAGAGAAGAUGGAGAAGUCUUCCAGACAUUCCAGGUCUCCUGAACGAAACAGAAAGGACCAGGACAGGGAAAGAGAGCGAGGAAAGGAAAAGCCCCAAAGGGGGCGCCGUGACGCGCCGUCAUCUCGAUCGGGGUCUCGAUCUCCGCCCCCUAAACAGCAGAGAGACAGACGGGCGCGCAGCGAGGAGCGAGACGGUGCAAAACCUCCUCAACGGAACCGACACAACUCGUCCUCUCCAUCACCGUCUCCAAAACGACAGAGAGACAGGAAGCAGAGGAGCAUAGAGAAAGAGCGGGAGGAUGAGGGGAGGAAGAGGGAGAACAAACCCCAGAAAAGGCACGACUCUUCCUCAUCAGAUUCGCCUUCACCACAGAGAGACCGAGCGCGCAGAGGACGCAGCAGAGAGAAGGAGAGUGUGUCUUCACCUGCACGUCCUUCAGACAGGGACAGGCCGAGAGACAGAGACACCGCCAUGCAGAUUCGAGCUAGAGAGAGUGAUAAGCAGAAAGAGAGAUCCCGCUCCAGGGACUUACCCGUCUCACCUCCCCGCCACUCACCACGCUCCAACGGAAAGCAGAAAGAGGCGGAGCGUGAGAAGGAGCGAGCAAGGGAGAGAGAGAGGGAGGAGGUGAGAAGAAAAGAGCGAGAGAGAGAGGCAGAAAAGGUACAAGAGGAGGCAAAGAGAAAAGAGCGAGAGAGAGAGGCAGAAAAGGUACAAGAAGAGGCAAAGAGAAAAGAGCGAGAGAGUACCAGAGGAAAGGGAAGAGAGGAGGUGAAGAGAAAAGAGCGCGAGAGCGACAGAGAAAAGGAACGAGAGGAGUUGAAGAGAAAAGAGAGAGAGAGCAACAGAGAAAAGGAACGAGAGGAGGUGAAGCGAAAAGAGCGAGAGAGCGACAGAGAAAAGGAACGAGAGGAGGUGAAGAGGAAAGAGAGAGAGAGCGACAGAGAAAAGGAACGAGAGGAGGUGAAGAGAAAAGAGAGGGAAAGCGACAGAGAAAAGGAACGAGAGGAGACGAAGAAAAAAGAGCGAGAGAGCGACAGAGAAAAGGAACGAGAGGAGGCGAAGAGAAAAGAGCGAGAGAGCGACAGGAGCUGCUCUGAAGAGAGAUACUCCGGGAAGGUUGUCGAGACGGGAGACAGGAGGACGGCGCGAGACAAAUCCGCAGCAGAGACAGAGAGACCGGGUGAGAAAGUGAGGGAGGACGAGAGGCCAGGAAGAACACGAGAGAAGAGUCCACUGGAGAAAGGGAGAGAAAAAGCACAAAACAAGGAGAAAGAGAGAAAGAAAUCCAAAGGGUCGAGCAGCAGCAGUGACAGCAGCAGCAGCAGCAGUAGCAGUGACAGCAGCAGCAGUGACAGUGACUCUGACAGUUCCUCGUCAUCCUCCUCCUCUUCUUCAUCAUCCUCCUCCUCCUCUUCAUCUUCUGAAGAUGAAAAGAAGGAGAAAAGUAAAAAGGAGCCUCACACUGUCAUGGUGCAGGCUGUGGCUCCAACGGAGAAGGAGACGGAGAAGGGAGCGCGAGACUCAGACAGGGAGAGUGCUGCCUCUGUAUCCACACAGGCUCCGCCCAUUAGAAAGGACAGGGGCAGAGACAGGAGAUCUGUGUCUCCACAGAAGGAACGACAGAAAGAGAGAGAUCCGGGAAAAGAGAGGUACACACCCACUGAGACCUCGAGCCCUCCUCCGUCUCCUGCAGAACGAGUGAGGUGCAGUCCUGAGAACAUAAGAACCCACGGUAAAGAUCCAGAGAGGCCCAGGGAGCGAGGGAGCGACCAGCACAAGCCCUCCGACCUCGGGCACAGAGAGAAGAACAGGACAAGUGAGAGAAUGCGGGCGUCUCCGCCCAGAGCCCGGCAUGAGGGUAACCAGAAAAAACGGGCCACGGCACCAUCACGUUCUCCAUCACGCUCUCCAGCACGACAACGUGCAGAUCGUCAACGCUCCCCGAGCCCCAAGCGAGGAGUCAGGAGACCGACACCACCCUUAAGGCGAGACAGAGGGAGACCAGGAGACGGACAGAGAGUGCGCUCACGAGAAAGGAGGACGAGAAACAGCAGGUCAAGGAGCCCACGCAGACGCUCACCUCCGUACAGGUCCCGUCGUUCUCCCUCUCCUGUGUACCGGCGUAGAAGUAGUCGCUCUCUAUCCAGGGAGAGGGAAAAAGAGAGGGAGCGAGAGAAACAUCGUGAACAAGAAAGGGAGAGAGAACGAGAACGUGGCAAAGAGAGAGAAAAGAAAGCAAGAUCACCCCCUUGUCGUUCUCCGUCUUCCUCCUCUACAUCCUCGUCCUCCUCGGGUUCGUCAUCUUCGUCUUCACCCUCUCCUCAGAGGAAACCCAAUCCCCAAAAGGACAGAAAGGCAGAGAAGAGGCUUCGUUCUCGUUCCUCUUCACCUCCUCCCACUCAGGAUUCUCCUAAACGCUCUAGACAACCGCCUCCGCGCUCCAGAUCUCCUCCUGCCAGCCAAUCGGACGUGAGAAAGACCUCACGAGGUCCCUUGAGGAGCCAGUCGCCUUCAGAGCGACACGUGACCGAGAGCCAAGAGCGGCCAAUCAGAGGGGAGAACGCAGUGAACGGGAGAGAAGAGAAGAAAAUCACGAAGCAACAGAAAAACGAGUGCAGGGACAGCUCCAGCUCUUCAUCCUCCUCCUCCUCUUCAUCUUCAUCCUCGUCCUCUGAUAGCUCUGACUCUGAGACGGAGAAAGGGCAGGGGAAAGCAGCAGCGAGUAGACGCUCGUCCUCAUCAGAGAGGGAGGGAGCGAAGAAGAAGAAAAGUCCUCUGCGUCGGCCGAGAGAGCCUGCUGACUCGCUCAGAGACUCCAGAUCGCUCAGCUACUCCCCUCCUGCACGACUGCGCAGAGCCGCACGAUCUCCUCACGCUCGGAGGAGAUCCAGGAGCAGGUCAAACAGUCGGCGGAGAAAAUAGUAAAUCUAGCUGUACAUCACUGAUGGAUCCUUCAUAUAUUUCAUUUUCCUGACUUUCUAUUGUGUCUUUGGAGGAAGAAUAAAAACGCAGAAACAUGUUUGUAAAUUAUGAUUCACACGAGUUCUGAACUGAAGCGAGGAAUCAUCUCAGAUUUUCUUCUCACGUUUACCCACAGGGAUGUGGUGGUUUUUUUUUUAUUACUUUUAUUACGGUGAUUACGACGUGGGAAAGAAGGAGAGAGAGGAAUAGCACUGCAGAUGUAUGACAUGUUCCUCCGUGCCAACACACAGCUGAUCUACUCUAAAUAAAUACACCAGUGUCUCUCUCUCUCUCCCUCUCUCUCACUCCCUCCCUCUCUCUCCCCCCUCCCCCAGUCCUGCUGCAUUGUUCAGAAUGUAGAUACGUCACUAUGGUCAGAACUGUCACUGAGUGAACUGUGUCCCGUUUUCACAGCUUUUUCUUUCACUUUGUGUAAAAGGACUAAUGAAUAAAUAAUAAAUGGUUGUAUCUGUAA